AUGGCGCUUGCAGCAAUGGGACAGGAGAUACAUACUGAGCGGGGUUCACGUUGGAUCUACUCGGAGAGCACGCAGGAGCUUCUGCUUCAGAGGAGGGCCGAUUGCAAGGACUCGUGGCCGGGUCAAUGGGAUAUUUCUAGCGCCGGCCAUAUCUCCGCCGGCGAUAGCUCGCUUGUAUCCGCGAGGAGAGAAACUCUGUGGAGAAGGCUACAUACGAGGCGGGAGCUCCAUGAAGAGCUUGGCAUCAACCUUCCAAAAGAUGCAUUUGAGUUAAUUUUUAUUUUCCUUCAAGAAUGUGUUAUAAAUGAUGGAAAAUAUAUAAACAAUGAAUUUAAUGAUGUAUAUCUAGUCACGACUUUGGCGCCAAUUCCUUUUGAGGCAUUCACUCUUCAGGAAACUGAAGUCUCUUCUGUUAAGUAUGUAAAUUGGGCAGAUUAUAGAAGUCUAUUAGCCAGCGGCAACCAAGAAUAUGUUCCUUAUGAUGUUUGUGGGCAGUAUGGUAAACUUUUCAACAUUAUCGAACAACGGUACAAAGAAAAUAUGGAGUCUCGCAGUCUUGCGUUGCAAAAGCAGCUUGGUCGAUAUGUUCCUGUUAAUCUGGACACAGAGUUGACUGCACUCUCAAAAGCGGACAGGGAAGCAUUAUCCUUCAUAAUUAAGGCAUCAGCAGUUGUUGAUGAUAUAUUCUUUGAUCAGGUCUGGUAUAGCAAUCUUAUGCUGAGAGAUUGGUUGAAGAAGCAUUCUGAUGCCUCCAGCUUGGAUAGACUAAAAUGGAUGUAUUACGCUAUCAAUAAGAGCCCAUGGUCAUGUCUCGAUGAAGAGAAGGCAUUCUUGACAACAGCAGAUUCUGCUGUCAGGCUGCUCGCUGAAUCCACCAGGCGAGUUCCUGGUUGGAAAGGAAUUGAAUAUAGAGCUGCAUUUCCUAUGGUGAAGCCACCUGGUGCGAACUUCUAUCCUCCUGAUAUGGACAAGACGGAGUUUGAACUGUGGAAGGGUAGUCUAGGCGAUAAUGAAAAAGAAGCUGCAACAGGGUUUUUCAAUGUCAUCAAAAGGCAUGGUGAGGUUGAACUGGAUAGUGUAUUAUCCCCUUUAGAAUCUGGUACUAGCAGUCAAGCUAGGCAAGACCAGCAUGCGAAUUCAGAUGAUCUAUUUGUGGUUCCAUUUUCUCAAGAAUAUGGAGAUCGUCUUUUAAAAGCUGCUGAGUUUCUGAGAGAAGCAUCACAAUUAACUGACUCACCCAGCCUGAAGAAGUUGUUAAAAACCAAAGCAGAUGCCUUCCUGUCAAAUAACUACUAUGAUUCCGACGUAGCUUGGAUGGAGUUGGAUUCGAAACUUGAUGUUACUAUUGGCCCAUAUGAAACAUAUGAAGAUGGACUCUUUGGAUACAAGGCUACUUUUGAGGCAUUUGUGGGAAUACGAGAUGAUACUGCAACUUCUCAAGUUAAACUCUUCGGGGACCAUUUAGAGGAUUUGGAACAAAAUCUUCCAUUGGACAAUGUCUACAAGUCAAAAGAUGUUGUUGCUGCUCCAAUCCGUGUAAUUCAGCUCAUUUACAAUGCAGGGGAUGUAAAAGGUCCCCAAACUGUUGCUUUUAACUUGCCAAAUGAUGAACUUAUAGUAAAUGAGCGUGGAACAUCAAUGGUCAUGCUGAAGAAUAUCUCAGAGGCCAAGUUUAAGCAUAUUCUCCAACCAAUAGCUGAUGUAUGCAUCAACAUGGAGCAAAAGGAGUACAUCGACUUUGAAUCUUUCUACACGCAUACAGUUUGCCAUGAGUGUUGCCAUGGGAUUGGUCCUCAUUCAAUAAUACUUCCAAGUGGUCAAAAAUCAACAGUUAGAUUGGAACUACAAGAGGUGCAUUCAGCUUUAGAAGAAGCUAAAGCAGAUAUUGUUGGUCUUUGGGCUCUAAGGUUCCUAAUCAAUCAGGGAUUGCUCCCAAAGUACUUAUUGAAGCCUAUGUAUGUCUCUUUUCUUGCUGGGUGUUUUCGCUCAGUACGGUUUGGACUAGAAGAAGCUCAUGGAAAAGGGCAAGCAUUGCAAUUUAACUGGUUAUAUGAUAAGGGAGCCUUUAUUUUGCACUCUGAUGAAACAUUUUCUGUUGAUUUUACCAAGGUUGAUGGAGCUACUGAGAGCCUUAGCAGGGAGAUUCUAACAAUACAGGCAAAAGGUGAUAAAUCUGCUGCAAAGUCUCUUCUUCAGGAGUAUGCAAAAAUGUCACAACCAUUGUGCACUGCCUUGGAGAAACUAGAAAGAUUUCAGGUACCUGUUGAUAUUACUCCCAUAUUCACUGGUAAGUUAUCUUUGGUGUAAGAUGGACAAAAACAUUCAGGGAAGGAUACUUUGACCAAGGAAAUAAGAACUGAGAGAAAUGCAACAUACAUAAUUUAUUGUGUUGAUGGUUUAAAAUUCAAAUAAAUUGCUAUUGUACUGCAAACGAACAGUGGAGCUCGCCACUACAAAGUGGGGAAUUGGAUUGUGGAGAGUUCCGGAUUCAAGAGCAAGUUAUGACCUCUGUUCCAAAAUGAGACGAAUAAAACAUGGCAACUCAACUACAAAGAGGGGAACAACGUUCUUUCGCUUUGGCUUGCCUUGAAUUGUACUUUAUUAUUAUCCAUUCAUGUCGGGGAUAAAUAGUAUUGAUGUACUCAUCAUAUUCUUGUUAUGAUCUUCUUGUCAAAGUAGAUGAUGACAUUAUCUUUUUGGCAAUUUUCUGGCCAAAAAAUAUAAACAGUUAAAUAAUGGCUAAAUUAUUAGAUUAGUAUUUUAUUUUGAUCCCUUUAUCAAUAGGGUAUUUUAAAAUGCUUU